CACUUGACCGUGGACACUGCACAACGUGCAGUUGGUUAGUUAGCUCUGUAGCUUUUAUUUUUUGGCAAGCCGACUGCACCUUAAUAAACUACAAGUAGCAGUCGACUGCUUGUGUUCUGUAGUUAGCAGUGCAGUUUGUUUUUCUCAUAAGAUCUUGUUUCUAUGAACUGGCAGCUCAGCUAGCUAUCCUUCCUUAGCUAAAGCUAACUCCGCUAAUUCAGUAGGGACUGAAAAAACGAGUGACACUGUCGCCAGGACAUGGCCAGAGCAAGGUGGGAUCUGAGGACACAGAAAAUUCAGGCGUAGCUGUGGAGCAGUCAGGACUGACAGGGAGGCUUGAGUGCUAAUGUCUGCUUCUGCUGUGGAGAAAACGUCAGCAUGGUGAAGACGGCAAAGAUGGAGCUGCUGAGAGCACUCAUCAGUGAGUGUUUGUCUGCAGCUGCCCAGGAGAUCCUCAAGGUUGUAGAAAGAACCAUUAUAGAGUAUGAAGAGGAAAUGUCCUGUUCAAAGUGGGUGGUGGACAGCCACCACAGACUGCUGGAUAUUGCCAAGUCACAUAGUGAAGACUCUUCCCAGAUGUCUACCACAGAUGUGAAACUGCAGCCUGGUGAACAGCAGCCUGCUGCCAGUGUGAACAUCAGUGUGUGCUGGGAACCAGAAAACACCGCGUCAGAGCUGAGACAAGACCGUCUCAAGAUGAACAACACUCAUCCAGACUCCUCUCCUGCCAGUGGAAAUGAUCAAAGUGACCAGGAGAUACUGGUUGAUAUUGAAGAGGAUGAUGUGAAGCAGGAGUGUGACCUGAACAUCCCUUUGAAAUUUCUCAAAGUGAAGAAACCAUUCAAAUGUCCCGUUUGCUUGAGUGGUUUUUCUUCCAAAAAGACGAUGUUGCGACACAUCAAAAAGCAUCCGGAGGACACAUCCUCAUUGUACCAGUGCCAGUUCUGUGACCGCCACUUCUGCCACAAGGCUGAAUUCAUCAUUCACAGCAGGACACACAACGGCACCAAACCAUACAAGUGCCAAGACUGUGACGAAAGCUUUGACCAGAGGGACAGCCUGCUUGUUCACAGACGAGAACACACUGAGAAGAAACCAUAUCAGUGUUUUAGUGAAAAGGUGGAUGCAGAAAUCCACCUCAGAUCAGUGACACCUGCCAGCAGGAUUGAAGUAGAGCUGGACUCCAGACAGGAUGUAUCUGGCAUGAAGACAUUUCCGCUUACUAUCUCUCCCUAUGAUAAAAGUGAGUUUGAUCAAGAGUCUCUACAGCCACUGUGUCUGUACCAGAUCCAGACCGUUGCUGAUAUAGAUAAAGAGGCCUCAGCUGCAGUAACAGUUGAUCACAUCAAAACUGAGCCAGUUGGAGCUGAUGGUGGACUAUCAGACAGCACCACAGAUGAUCAGCCCCUCCUUUCAGUGAUUCCAGGUGAACAGAGCGAAGGUGAGACGGAGCCCAAACAUGUCGACAUCAAAAAUAUCCUGCCAAGAAGACCUUCAGGAAAAUCAACCGAGCUUAUAGUUCAGUUUGAAGCAGGAACGGCACAGAAACCCUACAAGUGUCCCUUGUGCGCCAAAUGUUUUUCGCUGACUAAGACUUUAAUACGGCACAUAAAGAUCCAUACGGAGGACAAACCAUACCAGUGCCAGUUCUGUGGGAGGAUCUUCUGUCAGAAGUCAGACCUGGUCAAUCAUACGAGGAUACACACAGGAGAGAGACCGUUUCAGUGCAAAGAAUGUCACAAAUCCUUUGCCCAGAAAGGCAACCUGGUGGUACACAUGAGGAAACAUACAGCAGAGAAACGGUAUCAGUGCCAAGAGUGCAGCUGUAGCUUUGGUGAGAGGUCAACUCUAGAAUGUCACAUGCAGAGCCACACAUAGUUUAGGAGUUUGCAGCUUUGUCUGAAAGGUGGUUGUCAAACCACAGUACCUUAACUAAGUACCCAAUACCUUCAUACUGAGUGACACAUGGGCUUCCACUAACCAAUACCUUCAUAUUGAGUGAAAUGUGUCUGAGGCAAGUGAAGUACUGAAUGCUGGAUUGAAUGUAUGGUCAGUUUCAUAAUCUUAUUUGAUCAUAUAUUUCUGAUCAGAAGUUUCCCAGUCGACAAGUAGUCCCACCACAAGGUUACAUUAGCUAGCUGUUCUGGAGCUUUUGAUUGUAUCACAUUAAUUUCAUUCGCACUUGGAGUUUGUCCAGUAUCAUGUUGAAUUGUGAGUAAAAAUAAUUUCAAGGACUUCUCAUUCAUGUUUGCUUUAAAGCUGACAUUGAACAUUAAUUUAUUUUUUGAAGACCAAGAAUAUACUCAGCUUUGAAGUCAAUAUUAAUGAGGAGGUCUUCAAUUGUUGUGAAAAUCUGAACAUCUAAUGCCAUGGCAACUGGGCUUGUUCCAUUCACUAAAGAAGAUCAUGUGAUACAAACUCCAAUACAGCUGUUGAGGAGGCCUUUUGGUAAACUUGCAUCCAGACUUCUGUCAUCCAUUGACUUCCAAUCCCUAGGAAGAGAACCAGUCAACCAAAAAUGGCUUAGUUGGAGGUGAGAUAUAGAAUAGUGUCAUCAUCUGCCUACCUAGACAGCUAGCUACCUAGAUUUAUCCACGAAAAACAUAAAACAUGAAAAGCAAACUUCAGGCACUCAUGCAAAGGAGCAGUAAUAAGUGUAGUUUUUAGGGGUGGGCAUUAUGUCCUAAAUUUUGUAUCAUUGUACCAUUUUUGGUACACAUACAGAUACAGUGAUAGUAUUAUAUCAUGGUAUCAGAAAAAUAAAAGGGAUACUCCACUCAGAACAUGAUUCUACCUCUUCAUUCUAUUAGCAAUGUAAGGGAACACAUCUUAAAAUGAAAAAAAACAUUUGUUUACUGGCUCCAAAUAGUAAUGAAAAUGAAGUAUAGGUCUGCGUGUGUUUUUGAAGGAGUAACCUGCCCCAUAAUGUAGUUUAAUUAUUAAAUGUAAUGUGAUUCAUUUUCACAAUAGGCAUCUCAACAGCAUUUAUUUGGCAGAAAAUCCAAAGUAUUAUUUUUAAGUUCAGUGGUCAGUGUAGCACAGGGCUUGUCUAUCCAGCAUGUUUCCAUACGUCAGCAGCAGACACACAUACUGACACAGCACACAGCAGAUGGACUUUCCUCGAACAACAAACCAGCUGAGCUCCUGUUGCAGUAUGAAGGAUGGAGCUAACGUUAGCUCUGGCUAUGUGAGGCUACACAAACAGCAAAAAAAAAACAGAUUCCCACAUCCAAGCUACCACUCUGCUUCUUUUAUUGGCUUUAUUGGUUUUUUCUUGAAUGUCCAUCAACAGACUAACCAGCAAAAUAAAGAGAAAUGCAGCAUACACUUGGCAAAACUGACAGGUUCUAUUGAUAUCAGCCCGUCAGCUUCAAAGUUUUUAAAGUGAAUCCUGCUUUGUAUUGGUCUCAAAGCAGUCAGACGUAAAAUGGUUUGUGCACACAUGUAGGAGUUUUGAAGUUGUUGGGCCAUCUCCAUAAAGAUAGUUCACAGGGUCUUCACUGGGCACAUGUGAAGACUGCAGUUUCUGCUUUAGGACUUUUUUUUACUCACUCUACAGUCAUACCUCUGGACGCCACACAUCCAGAGGAGCUUCAUUCACGGUGUAUUUGAAUUGACAUCAAGUCAAAUACACUGAGAAGAAACCAAGAAACCAGCGUAGCAGCACUUUGCUGUCAGUUUUGUGUCACCUUUUCUGUGCAAGCUUGUGUUUAUGUAGGGAAACUGUAGAGAAUUUAAUUAUUGAUUUUUGUGAAGUCUGUAUAUUCAUUUUACAAAUUCCAUGGACUCUUGGGUAUCUAUAUGGUCUUCAGAGAUUUGUAUUUAUUGUACAAUUUUAAAUUGGCUAUGUAUUGUAAUAAUUUUGCUUUGCAAAAUGUGACAAAUGUGUGUUUCUACACAAAAUAUGACAAUUACAGUGUAAAAGCAAGCUUCUGUCCAGAGUCAUAGCAUCUGUGUAUUAUCCCUGGGUAAAUAACUCUGUCUGUCUGA